GAUGAGCUGCAUUUCAUGAGCACCUCAGGCAGCAGGAGACAAGCGUUCCCCUCGCUAGAGUAGUUUUCUGUAAGGAUCACUUAUUCACUGUGUGAUGUUCGUCGGGGUGCCAACAAACUGACAGCAGUGUUCGUCCCCUUCUCUGUCGCACGGUCGCCAGGCAGCCAGCGUUUUAGCGGCUUCCCCAUCCACCCAAAAACCCAGCGUGUGUCACCGCUGUCACGGCUCGGGUCCUGUGGCAGAGCUACAGAUAUGGAUGUGCAAUGGAUGGUACUGCUGCUGCUGAUCCCGCUGCUGUUGUGGACCAGCAGCACGUUUGUUUUUUAUUUCAAAAAGUGCUUUUACGUCGCCUGGAUGAUGUUGCUGGCCGUGGUCGGCAUUCCUCUUUGUAUCCUGAAAAGCGGAGGCAGAGACGUUGAAAACAUGAGGAUUAUCCGCUCCCUGGUCCGUCAUGUGAAAUAUUUCCUGGGUCUUCGGUUUGAAGUGAGCGGCUGGGAGCAUCUGCAGACAGAGGGCCCCUAUGUCAUCAUCUCCAACCAUCAGAGCUCCCUGGAUGUUCUGGGCCUGAUGGAGAUCUUACCCGACCGGUGCACCAUGAUCGCCAAGAAGGAGCUGGUCUACGCUGGUACAGUCGGCCUCAUUUGCUGGCUGGGUGGCAUCGUCUUCAUCAACCGCAAGAAGACGAGUGACGCCAAACACGUCAUGGCUGACGCCGCGCAGACCAUGUUGGACGACCAGAUUCGUCUGUGGGUGUUCCCAGAAGGCACACGGAACCAGAAAGGUGACCUGUUGCCCUUUAAAAAAGGUGCUUUCCACCUGGCAGUGCAGGCACAAGUGCCCAUCAUACCCAUUGUUUUCUCCUCCUACAGCAACUUCUACCUGAGAAAAGAAAAGCAGUUCAAAUCAGGGACCAUCAGAUUGAACAUCCUUCCAAAGAUCGAGACGAGGGGGAUGACGACCGACGACGUGGCCGACCUCACCGACAAGUCCUUCAACGUGAUGCGCUCUGCCUUCCUGGGCAUCUCACACUCCGUAACCCAGAGCAACGGGCCCGUGAGGCACUGAACACGUAUCAUACUCCAGCCUCUUGUUCUCCUGUGCUCCUGUAUGAGACCCACUCCUUCCACCAGACCUUCCAGCCCACCGACCCCUCUCCCCCGCCCCCCCCCCCCAGGUUGUUCCAUUACCUGGCCAGGAAACAACAUGACACAGGUCUCUUGUCAUGAAAUAUUUCCUUGUCUAGUUGACACCUGGUCCAGUCCAUAUCUGGCCUGAGCAUACAGCACAGUCAGUCCUGACCCUCACUGUGUCUGCAGCAGCACCAGCAGCAGUGCUGCUCUGCACGUCUGUGAGCGGAGUGACGGACAGCAAAGCCGGACAGUAUAGAUGUGCGUCGAUCUUCAUGCAUGCCUUUUUUUGGAUGGCUCUGUCCACCUCCUACGUUGCUUUUGUUUCUCUGGCUUCGGAAGCCAGUUUUUUUUUGUUGUUUUUUUCUUUACUUUACUGCCUUACCUUUUUUUUUGCUUUUUUUUCCGCAGAGCAGAAAAACCUUUUGAGUUUCUGUCGUUUCUUUAUUCAUGUGGGUGGGUAAAUUUUGAAGUUUCUCUCAUCGCCAUCUUUGGACACGCACACAUUGAACGUAUUCCAUUUCCUUCCUUCCCUCCUUUCUGUUAAGUGUGUGCCCUCCCCCCCCUUUGUUGCAUUCCACUUUCUUGCCUAAAGACAAAAGGAGCGGGGUCUCCACGAGCGGCGGAGUGCGCAGAGGUGAGAGGGUCGACGCCAGUUGACCGUGGACAUCUUUAGUUCUGUCGCUAUAAAUUAAACUCCUUAUCCAUGUUGGCUCUUCAGCUCGCACCGCCAAUAGCUCCAUGACAAACCUAAUGAUGUCAGAAAGCAAGGAAUUCAAGGUUAAAAGACACAGUGUAACAAUAGCACCCAUCUGUGCUGGAUUAACGGACCGAUCGGCUUUCAGUGUUGUGCGUUGUCAAUGUACCAUCGUGCUUUCUUUCAGUCCAUCUCUGCUGCAGAUAAGAAAUAGCCCGCGCGCCGUGUCCGAGCGUCUUCUCGCCGACUCCUGUAGUUUUGUUUCUCUAUUUAUUUCCACGAUGAAUAAAGUGGGGAACUCAUGAGUGAA